AUGUUUACAUUAUUAAUUUCAAUGAUAAAUCGCAACUUAAUUAACAUUCCCUAUAGUAAGGAAUUAAGGGAUGAUAUGGUUGCUACAUUAAAAGAAUCAAGGAAGGAUAUUGAUUUAACCACAAAAUUACGUAUUAUGAUUAAAUCUAAAUGUCCAAUAUAUAAAUAUAUUAAUUUUAUAACUAACCAAAAUAACAUCGCCCAAAUACCCUUUCAACAGUGUAAAGCAAAUAAGAACUUAAAAAACACUCGAAACUUCCGUAUACCCAUAAAAAUUGCGCCAAUUCAAAAACCAAAAGAAAGAUCGCAUGAUGUUGCAAAAUUCUCUAUCGUACGCGAAAAAACAUGCGUGGAAGAAUUUUGUUCGCAGUUAAGUAACUUCACGAGGCCAUUAGAUGUUAUUUGCGCUGCAUUACGCUUAAAUAAAAUUUCUAUUGAUGAAGCUCGUCAGCUUGUCGAUCGCCUCGAUUAUCGCAUACCAGAACCAAUACCAUUAACAUUCAGUUUCAUCUCAAAUUCGUUGGCAAAUGGUGUGUUGGAUAAAGAAACUCAUCAGAGCUAUACAAAGAAACUUUAUCCACUUGGCAUCCCAUCGUGUACUGGAUGUGAGCCAGAAGUCAACAAAUUACUGAAUAAUAAUUACGUUGCGGUCGAACAGCGUACAUCAGCUAAUGGACGUCCUCACAUCAUUCAGCAGGUAUCUAACGAGUUGGAAGGUGUAGAAGAUACUCAUGCCGCUACAGAUGUUGAGAUUGCUUUAAAUGAAAACGUCAGACGCCACAUCUUGGAAUACGGAUGGGGUUACAUCUUAACAGCAAGCGAUACAGGUGAUGAAUUGACAGCAUGUUUUGGAAAAAACGGAAGGUUGCUAUUAAAACUCAUGAAACUAUACUACGAUCAGAUUUCAGCACCAAUUUUGGAUAUGUUGCAACAGAGAGCCAUCAACCUUGGCGUCCGCCGUUUACAAUUUAAGCCAAAUUGGUCAAAAACCCUCGAGAAAAAAUUACCUCCAACUCGUGCUCAAUACAAGAAGCCAACGAAGCAAAAUACCGACUUUUCGUACCUCGAUUACGGAAUGCCUCCUAUUGAUUACGAUAUACAGAACGUAAAUUAUUUAUCGGAAAUUAUGGAAAAGUACUACGCCAAGCGAGCUGCUGAUAAUAAGCAAGCGAUUGAUAUCGAAAUAGAGUACUGGAGGCGCUCUAUUCAGUUCGCCAUUAAAAUUUUACGUACAGAACAGAUUACAGAUGAAUUUACAGCCAAUUACGGACUUGCUGCAUUGCUUACUGCAUCUGCUAUGCUUGCAUCAAGCCUCAAGGUUGUCAGGGAGCUCGAUGAUGCUGUAGAUAAGAGCAGAAAGAUUCCGAUCGAAAUCGGAUUGACCGACCAUUCAAUGGGUGGCCAUGACAGGGUUUUUGAUAUGGCCAUUGACAUAAUUACCAACAAAAAGAAGAAAAAGAAGGACGAAUUACAAGAAAUGGCCGGAUGUUUCAAAACCGUCGACAUCAAUGGCUGUCUUCACCUCAUCCACAUAAUAACCCUUACAAUCAAAACAAUGAAAUAUCAUGCAGCAAACAGCAACUCCGAAUCUCCGAUCGCAAGGAUUUACAUCGGAAACGGAAGACUCAACAUGGCUCCCCUCUACGGACCUAUUGGUUCAGUUGCUAUUAAUUUAGAAAUAUUCAGACCAAAGGAGAGUUUCAUUUAA